AACCACAGCACUGUGUGACCAUUUUGUGUUCAAGCUGGAGAGCUGCAGCUGUCAGGAUUUAUUAAUGCCUUCUGGUGGGGGAUUGUUGGUAGUAUGUAACAGAACUUUUAGUGUUUCUAUCUGGGACUAUUUGAGCUCAUUGAAGGGGAAAAUCCAGUGGAUAAAUCUUUUUAUAUCUCCUCCUUUAUUGGAAGGCCAAGAAAAAAGAUUCAGUAUUAUAUCACAUGAAAUGGACAUGAUACCAUCACAAUGUAAUCAUCUGAUAUCUGCUGAAUUAACAAGGAAACCAGAAUACAAGGAAGGUAAAAAUGAAGAUGAACAGACAGUUGCAGAAAUCAUGAGAAGGCGUUUUUCUCCUGCUGUUGUAACUAACAGACCCUGGGAAUGUUUUCACUUUGCUGGCCAUGAGAUAAAAAUUACAGAAGCCACUGAAUGUUAUGGGGCAGUAGUCUGGCCAUCGGCUCUUGUUCUAUGUUACUUUUUGGAAACAAAUGCUAAACAAUACAGUCUGGUUGAUAAAAGUGUAAUUGAAAUUGGAGCUGGAACAGGGCUGGUCUCCAUAGUAGCCACUUUACUUGGUGCACAUGUGACUGCCACAGAUCUGCCUGAAGUACUAGGAAACCUUCAGUACAAUAUUCUCAAAAAUACCAAAAUGAAAUGUAAGCAUCAGCCCCAGGUUAAAGAACUCUCCUGGGGAGUUGAUUUAGAGAAGAACUUUCCCAAGUCUUUGUGUCAGUUUGACUACAUCAUGGCUGCUGAUGUUGUGUACUAUCAUCCCUUCCUGGAGGAGCUGCUUCUUACCUUCCAUCAUUUGUGUCAGGACAACACUAUUAUUCUCUGGGCCAUGAGAUUCAGGCCGGACACAAAGAAUCAAUUUAUGAGCAGAUUUCAGGAAUUGUUUGACCUGGAGGUAAUUUCCAUUUUCCCCAGUUUAAACAUAACAUUGUAUAAGGCAAUGAGAAGAGGCAAGAAGAUGAUGUGAUUUCCAACUUGAGUAUUAGAAAGUGUGUGUGUGUGGAGUUUGAGUUUUUCUUUACAGGUUCCAUGUUAACACUUGAUGACACCUGUAGAUUAUGUGCUUUUUAGGGUUAAAUCAAUGUCAUGUCAUAAACAAAAUAUAAAACUUCUUAUAUGCUUGAAAAGAUAUCCUAAAUUAAAUUUUCAUCUACUAGUACAUGUCGGGGAACAUCUUGUUGGCAUUUUCUGAACUUUAGGUACUAAACUGUGAAACACUAAUAUUUUUCACAAGUUGUAUGGAUCAUAUUUCCACUAUGCUGUAGUAUUGCUGCCAACAACAUUCCAUUGCAGCUUAUAAUAGUGAUUGAUAAGAUCAGAUGACUACACACAACGUAAGAUUAUAAUCUAUUUAAAAUUAAAAGUUGUGGUAUUAAAUGGCACUCUGGUGUUUCCACACUGCCAGCCAUACUGUUCAAAGUCAUGUUCUUUUAAUAACUCCCACAGGACAAUGAACCAGCCUGGACAGAGUAUGGGAAUAUAUACUGUAGUGAAUAGUUCCAUGGCAACCAUUCCGUGACAUCUCAGAUGUGAGUUCCAUGCAGGUGGCAUGCCUUUUGGGGUGUCAGGGCAGCAGAUGGAUGCCUCUGUCUCCUUCAGAAGAAAGUCCCUUCCCACCACCACCACUCUUUGCCUUCUCUUAUGCAUGGUGAUUAUGAGCCUCACAGCCUUGGGGCAAGUGGCUCUUCUUCCUCAUGUUGUAAACUUUAACAAGUGGUCUUGUGUAAGAGUAGUGCAGAAUACUACCAAUUCCCUUUAAAAAAAUUUCUCAAAUCUUUGGAGCUUUGCCCCUCUCAAAAUAGACAACUGUGGACCUCUAGCUCUGAGGGCACAACAAUAAGAACAAUUGCCCUCAAGAAAAUGUUUUGCAUCACUGCCUCUUUGUGGUAGCUUGAGAUCAAAAUGAUUUAAUUUGCAUGCUUAGUUAUGGGCAGAUCAUAGAAAAAGUUGCUUAGCAUAUUUGGAUAGGUCUGUUGUGACUGUCUGUCUGUAUCCCUGUGUUCACCUUUUUACAAAACUAUAAUGCAUUUUGUACAAAAUAUGCCAUGUGAAGUGUCAUUUGAAAAUUCAUAAUUUACUGAUCAUUAUUGUCCUGGUAAACCGUGUGUGGCAACAUUGUAUGUAAAGUUAUAAGACUCUACUGCAGGGGUUGGCAACCUCUGGCACAUGGCUCACCAGAGUAAGCACCCUGGUGGGCCAGGCCAGUUUGUUUACCUGCUGUGUCGGCAGGUUUGGCUGAUCAUGGCUCCCACUGGCUGCGGUUCACCACUCCAGGCCAAGAGGGGUGGCAGGCCAAGGGAUGUGCUGGCCGCUGCUUCCCACAGCCCCUAUUGGCCUGGAGCGGUGGACUGUGGCCAGUGGGAGCUGCGAUCAGUUGAACCUGUGGAUGCAGCAGGUAAAUAAACUGGCCCGGCCCACCAGGGUGCUUACCUUGGCUGUGUGCCAGAGGUUGCUGACUCCUGCUCUACUGUAUGAGAUUUUUGAGAUGUAUUCCGACUCUGCAAAAGCAGACACAAACCAGUUCCCCAAAAACAAAAGGCAAACUGAUGCCUCAGCCAAGUGUCAACAAAAUCACAUGGACUAUCACCUGGUUAAGCUGCCAUUCUUUGGUAGGAAAAAGAGUGUGAGUAAGAAAUUUAAAUCUUGGCAAAUAAACAGCUGGAGGGUCUCAUCUCCUCAGACCUUCUGUCUCCUGAACCUCAGCUGGAGAUAAUUUUCAAAAUAAAAGAGAACCAUAAGAAAGGGGAACAGAUGCCUCAAAAUACUCCUCCCUUUCUCUCUACCCAUGACAUCAACAACACCUGAAAGACGAGGAAAGUAACACUGAACCGGGGAGAGGGAUUAAGUGGAAGAAUCCUGGCCAACUGAAAUCCAGACAGUAAGACUGUUCAAACAUGUGGUGAGAGAGCCCUUUGCUUUGAAUUCAUUUGGCUUAAGUUAGAUAUUAAUUGCGUUUUACCUUUUAUUUUCUUGUAACCAACUCUGACUCUUAUGCCUCAUUACUUGUAAUCACUUAAAAUCUGUUUUUCUGUAGUUAAUAAACUUGUUUUAUCUAAA